UUAAACCUCCUCAAGUCCUCAUCUCCGACUCUUGAAACCCUCUCUUGAAACCCUAAUUUCUCUGAAAUCUCAAGUCUUUGCUUUAGAAAUGAAGAAAAACAUUCCUGAGGAGUUGGUGGUGGAGAUACUGUCUAGUGUUCCGGCGGCAUCUCUGGCGCGAUUCCGAUUGACAUCCAAAAGAUGGAACGCUCUGAUCAAAGAUGCGAGAUUUCUGGAGAAGCACUCUGCUAAAGGACCGAGUCAGCCUCUGGAAAUUUUGCUUAUUGAUGGUAGGGUUUACUCACUGAGCGUUGAUCUCCGUGGAAUCCAAGAAAACAACGUUGCUCCAAUUGCAAAGGUAACAGGUCGAUUCAGCCUAAAAAACCCUGUUUCUAGCUCUUUGGAAGAAGUCUAUAUACGCGAUGUGUUUCACUGUGAUGGCUUUUUCCUUUGCUCCACCGAGGACAAUAGACUCGUUGUUUGCAACCCUUGUUCGGGUGAAACCAAAUGGAUCAAACCCAAGACUUCCUUCAAGCCUUCCGAUUUCUACGCUCUGGGUUACGAUAGCGAAGACUCUCGUUACAGAGUCUUGAGGUUGGAUCAGUCUUUUGGGUAUAAUAGGAUGGGAUUCUUCAAAACCGAGUACGAAAGCUAUGACCUUUCAUCUAACUCGUGGAAUGGUCAUGGUAUGAGCUGGGGUUACCCACCGUGUCAGGGUCGUGGCGUAUCUGUGAAGGGAGUUGCUUACUGGUUUGCACAUUCUAUAAACAGGGAAAGUGCUGGCUUGUUUUGUUACGAUUUCUCAACCGGCUCUUUCCGGAAUGUGUCUCUUCCGAGUGAUGAUCCUCGUCUUUACGCUCAUGUUGCUUUAUCGGUGACUAGAGAUGAGCAACAGCUUUGUUUCUUAGCUAGAAGUGGUGAUGAUGCAUUGGAAACCGAUUUGUGGAUAGCAACAAGGGUUGAGAGCAGCAAGUCCUUGUCGUGGACCAAACACCUUACCUUGUCGGGAACUGAUCUCCGUUAUCAGCAACGGUUCACUAAUGGGAUGACUUUCUUGUUUGACCAGAAGAACAAGGUUGUUCUGUCUGCUAAUAAACCUAGGGUCUCUGAGAGAAUUUUACAUAUUGUGGGAGAGGAGAAGUACAUUGAAGUGGAUCAUCAAGGUGCAAAACCUACACAGAGAGCUCCUACCCCACUUCUCCUCUGCUAUGUUCCAAGCUUUGCUCCAAUCCAGUCUAGUUCGUAGA